AUGGCACCUGUCCCUCAUUCCUCCACCGACGCCUCGUCCACGCCGCUCGCCGACUAUUUCUUCAUAUCGGGCAUCGAGUCGUCGCAGGUCUACGACGAGCGCACACAGCAGAAUGGCAUAGUCACCUCGCCGCUUGCACAACCACCCGUCGACGAGACCAUCGAGGAAGACCGCGCCCUCGAGACCGACUCGAUUCGCCCAACCUCACAAGAAGGCCUGCCCAAUGGCGACACCACUCGACGGAGAUCGGCAAAUCGCCUGAGUGAGCACAGGCAGUCCAUUGGCACGAUAAUUGGCCCGGAUUCAAAACAAACGGCCAGCAACCGAAGCAGCACCACCAUCAAGGGCGUCCAGCUGGGCGGGUCAGGCCUCAGCGAUUUCGACUUCGACGUCGCCCUGCGCAAGUUUGCUUCUGAGCGGGACAGCUUUCUCGAGGAGAUACAGUUCACAUCUGGGGUGCCACAGCCGAACCGCCCUACGCCCACCAGGCCGCGUCCGAGACCACAGCGUGUAUCGCAGACCAUCAAUGACGAUGGCCUUGGAAAUCUCAGAUCUGGAGUUGGGAGCAUUCGGCGGCGCAUAUCAACUAUGCAGAGCAGCUUGAAGCGACAGCCUUCGGGAGCGCGUCAGUCGUCCAUACGAACGUCGAAACGAAUGUCCGGCUACAACUCUGUGAUUCCGGCACCGCAGCCCUUCCAACCGGAGCCGAAUAUGCAUCCUCUUCUUCGCCGAUAUGAGCCUGUCCUCUUGGAUCGCUACCCUCCGAAGAACAUGGUCGAGGAGCUCAAGCGACGCAACCCCUUCCCCGACUAUGUACCCAUGUUUGCCUUUCCAAACGACGUUAGCGUAGUCUCCUCAGACGAGCGGCCCAAGUCUCAGUGGCAUGGCUUCGCAAUGACCAAUGGCGAUGGCUCCAAGCUUUACGGCAUCUGCCUCAUUGUUUGGUUGCCUCUGAAUGCUACGGCUGCCGAAGGACUCGAGAAUCAAUGUGAGGAGUGGCGGAGAGUGCACAUGAACCCUGAAGAGCGGGAACUAGCAAGCAGUCUGGGAGAGCGUCUGGCACUGGAGCGCGCAAAACUAUCACAACUCCUGACCAAGCUCUCUGCCGUUGCCCCUGAUUCUGAGGAGCGCGAGAACCUGGAAGAUGAGAUUGGAGCUGUGGAAGAGAAGAUUCAACUCAUGACGGAUCUCUUGCGCCCAGUGAGGCACGGCGCGGCUUCCAAGAUUGAAGGCCUCACAGACGGCGAGACUGGCCUCUGGAUUCCACGUGCCUACGGCGUCAUGGGACGUGACGCGGGUCUAACGCCUUUUUGGAAGGAGUGGCUCAAAGCUGUCGUAGUGCCCAUGACAGCGGGUGCAAUCUUGCGUGUUCCUGCAAGUUCACCGCGAGUAGGCAUGUGGCAGCCUCUGGAACGAUACGUGGUCAACCUGUGCGCGGAGGCUCUUAGUCCGAUCACCUCCAUCACUCAGGUCGAAAUAGCAGUCCGUGAGCUCCGCAUGUACGCCCGGCAAGAGGCAGUCAACGAGAUUCCGGGUUCCCGCAACAUCGACAUAUACGCGCUCUUCCGAUGCCUUUCCAUACCCAACAUCGUUACUUUGUUCGAAUUCGUCCUCUCCGAGUCGAGGAUCAUCCUACUUUCCUCUCACACAGCGAUGCUUCAUCUUGCGAGUCUGGCAAUCACGAAUCUGCUAUACCCCUUCCAAUGGGCCGGUGUGUUCAUACCCGUUCUGCCUGCGCGUCUUGUCCAGACGGUCGAAGCGCCUUGCCCCUAUAUUGUGGGAAUCGAACGUAGGUACGAGCCUGCCGACUACCCAGAGGACGAGUAUGUGCUCGUCGACUUGGAUAACGACUCGAUCGUCUCAAACGGUCCUCCGCCUCCAUCACUACCUCGUCAGCAGCGCCGAAAGCUCACAGCCCUGCUCCAGCACUCUGCUCCUCAUCACACACAGUAUGGUGUUCCGACCGGACCUCCUGCCUACGCUGUGGAAGCCUUCCCCAACGAUACUUUUGCAUCCGAGAACUCUGGCGUGUUCACUCACCGUGCCCAUCCUUCCACCGUUCAAACCUACGUUGGCCUGAACUCGACUUCAUUCGGUGCCGUCUCUGGACCUUCCAGCGCACGACCUUUGAUCCAUAAUGCAUUCUUACAGUCGAGUGCUUCGAGUCGUGGAAACGAUAGACCGUCCACAGCAAGUACUGUGAAGACGUUUUCGAAUUCCCCACCGUCUCCCAAAAUAUCGCCAGUAUCAACCGUAUUCCCACCAUUACCUAGUACUCCAAUUUCCCGCAGCGACUCGGGAUACGCACUUCAGGCCAAUCUUCGCGAGAAGCGAUCGUGCCAUUUUGAGACUUCAAGUCGGCGAAGUUCAUCGUUUGGCUUCGAGCGCGUACCGCCGAUGCGGCGUCCCUCUCAGCCUUUUCUUGGUCAUGCGCCGAGCGCGUCGACCUCAUCCCUGAGUCACGAGUUUCAUGCAGCGUCUUCAUACGCGCCAUCCGUGUAUGCCCAGUCAACAUUGGCAGCCUCAACCAUCAUGCCUGGUAUGGCGGUACAGCAAGUGCGCAACACAGCUACCACCCAAUGGCAGGAAGGCCACUGUAUGCAAUGGAGGCCUCAGGAAGACAAGGCUUUAUGCUCCAUCUGCGAAGAGAAGUCUGAUGAUGGGCUCUAUCGUUGCACCGGCUGUACUACGUAUGCCCAUGGUAGGUGUGUGGGCAAUAUCUGUAUCGUCUGUCCCACAGCCUUUCGACCCGAUCAAGUACGUGCAUCAUUUGCGCGAUGCUUCGCUAGCUUGCUGUAUACUUAUCGGCGCUACCUUAUCCCCGCUACGGGUGACCGCAAGAAGGCUGGUAUGGUCUACCAAUUCAAGAUGGACGAGUUUGUAAAGAGCUUGCCGAACGAGCAUGUUCAGUAUAUUACUACGCUACAGCAGACGCAAGCUUUCAAUGAGUUCAUUCACGAGCGUGAGAGCAAGCGCCCGGAUGACCCCACCAUCAAACUUUUUGAUGAAGUCAUUCUUGCGAAGCGCAACCGUGGAAAGUCUUCUUUCUUCUAUAAGUCGAGGGUCGACUUCUUAUCUGAUACGACGGAUCAUCUGUGGCGUACUGCAUCUGCUAACCCACCAAAUUCACGCUUCCCAGGGGAUUACCGCGCUGUCAUCAGCCGAAUCCCCGCAAAGCUCGAUCCUACUCUCAUGAAAGAGCCCCGCGUGAUCCAAGGCGUACCACGUAUUCCCGUAGGGAAAGCACGUCGUAAACCCAUACCCUCGAUGUUAGGACCCAAUGGCAAUUCGAGUCCGCCGCAAAUACGUACAUCAUGA